AUGUUUGAGGCUUCCUACACGAGCGUCAUGUACAGCGGCGUCUCGUCGCGCGGAGCGCAUUCGCUUUCGAGGCUCGUGGCUCUGGAGGUGGAGUGCGAGUCGUACAAGAAGCUGCUGCAGGACCAUUUCACCGACACCUCCAACCAGAUUCGGCUGCUUGCCAACCUGAUGACCACGUUUCACUACAACAAGCCCCCAGGCACCCUGGACAGAUCCACGUUCAUGGGGUUUCUCAACGACACGGCGUACGCGCGUCCGCGUUUGAGGGACGUCUCGUUUGCCGCUAGUGUGCCGCAGGCAGAGAGGGGGGCGUACGAGAGGGCGCAGGGGGGCGGCUUCUGCAUCAAGCACGACAUGGCAUGUGCGGGGCAGCAGUCGGACUAUGCGCCCAUCCUCUACACCACGCACCAUUGCUUCUCCCUUCCCCCUCUCCUCUUCCCCCCCACUCCCCAUCCCCGUGCGCCCAGGCACGACAUGGCAUGUGCGGGGCAGCAGUCGGACUAUGCGCCCAUCCUCUACACCACGUCAGCGCAGCAACUCAUCGGACAAGACAUGCUCUGGGGUGAGUUUGAACUCUUCCCUCUCCUUCGUCCUCCUACCCCCCUCUCACUUCCUUCCAGAUGCCUUCCCAGCCAACAGGGCGGCAGUGAUUCGAGCGCGGGAUCAGGGCAUUAUGGGAGCACUCACCCCGCCACUGCAGAUGGCAGUCGACUCACGGAGCGGCAGUAUUACCUACCGACAUGCACGCUGCACCCUCAACUCUCCCUUCCCCCUUCUUCUUUUCCCCUUCUCCCUCCAGACGCCUUCCCAGCCAACAGGGAGGCAGUGAUUAGAGCACGGGACCAGGGCAUUAUGGGAGCACUCACCCCGCCGCUGCAGAUGGCAGUCGAUUCCCUGGGAGGCAUCAACGUCGGCAGCAGCAGCAGCACGGGUGCGUCCGGCAGCACUGUAGCAUCGGAGGCGAGCGGUAACCGCGACCUAAACACCCUCAUGCUACGCGUGUACCCGGUGUAUCAGGAGCGCAUCCCCCCAGAUGCAGGGGCGGGUGUGGCCGAAUUCCGAUCCAAGUGCCGAGGGUUCAUGUCGGCUGUGAUUGAUUUUGAGCCGUUGAUCAAGUCCCUGCAUCGGGAGCACAUGCCGAUGUUCGUGAGAGUGUACGAUGUCACCAAUGGGAGCAGUGAGGCUCAGACGGGGUACUAUAACGGAGCCAACGCUGCUGCCCGGGGAAACGGCAGCAGCAGCAACGGCAGCGGCAGCGGCAGCAGCAGCGGUGGCAGCACCAGCGGCACGACCAGCAGCAUGACGUCAGCGAGCGGUGGUGGUAACACCACGGCGGUCCAAAGAACCGAUGGCUGCAGCAGCAGCAGCAGCAGCAGCAGCAGCAGCAGCAGCAGCAGCAGCAAUGGCACCGGCCAGGCGGUUGGGUUUGGCGAGACGAUGGCAGUGCCGGGGGAGGUGUUGGGGCGGGGCAGUGUGGAGCGGCUGAUGUAUGAACCGCAGGAGCACCGGCUGGCCAAGGGGCAGAGCGACCGCUACAACUACGUCACCACCAUGGACCUGGGGGACCCGUACCGGCUCUACGAGAUCCGCUGCAGGUGGGUUGUGAAGUGGGCGUGGCCUGGGUGUGGAUUGGCGUGUGAGUGGAAGGGAAGGGGGAUAGGUAGGAAGCGGCAUGUCACGACCAUGGACCUGGGGGACCCCUACCGGCUCUACGAGAUCCGCUGCAGAUAUCUAGACUACUACGUAUUCCCCUACUCCUCGCUGGGCUGGGCGCUCGUUAUAGUCACGGUCAUGUCCCUUCUGGGCUACGUGUGGUGGGUGGCGAGCUCGCACGUGCACCAAUUGGAGCACGACUUCCACCGCAUGGAGCUGCUAAAGGACAAAAUGAAGGCCGCCCGCAACGUGGCGGAGCGCGCCAGCAAGGCGAAGGGGACGUUCCUCGCCACCAUGUCCCACGAGCUGCGCACGCCCAUGAACGGCGUCAUAGGCAUGCUGAACCUGCUGCUGGAGACGCCGCUCACCAUCACCCAGCUGGACUACGUGGAGACGGCGCGCACCAGUGGGCGGGCGCUGCUGGAGCUCAUCAACGACAUCCUCGACCUCUCGAAGAUUGAGGCGCAGAAGAUGCAGCUGGAGCGCGUACCCAUGGACGUGCGGGGCGAGGUGGACACGGUGCUCACAAUGUUCAUCGAGCGCUUCCGAGACAAGCCGCUGCUGCAGGUGGCCGCCUACGUCGACCCGCUCGUGCCCGCUGCUCCGCUGCUGCAGGUGGCGGCAUACGUCGACCCCCUCGUGCCCGCUGCUGUGCUUGGAGACUCCCUGCGCCUGCGGCAGGUCAGUUGUGCCACCAGGGACUCUGUGCUCAUCAACCUGCUCUCCAACGCCUGCAAGUUCACUGAACGUGGACACAUCUUCAUCGCCAUCCGCACAGCAGAACCAGACGAGGAUCUGCGCAAGUCAGCUCGCAAGCACCACCACCACCACCGCUCCCUCCGCUCACACGCUCCUGCCAUGAUAGCUGAUCAGCUGUCAGCCCCUGCCGUGGCAGCUGAUAAGCCUUCUGCAGCUGCUGUGGUAGGCGAUAAGCCGUCUGUUGCAGCAACUGAGAUGAAGACUGGCGAGAAUCAAAGGGUUAUCGGCAGCACUGGUGCCGCGAGCUACACUGCUGUUGCUGCCGCUGCUGCUGCCACUGCUGCCGGUGAGGAGGAUGCGGCAAAGGAGGACACGGAGGAGAGUCCAUCCAAGGAUGUUGCCUUCCGACCUGAACGACAGUCGGCUCGUUUAAGCGCACUCAUGCUCGCUGCUGAUGACGGUGACUCUGCCAUUGAUGCUGGUACUGCUGCUGCCGCUGCUGCUCCUGGUGCUGCUGGUGUUGCAAACACUGCCGGCACGACCACCACCACGUCUCACAACAGCAGCCCCUCGCCUCUCCCGCCGUCACCCCGCGUUCCUCCGCCCCCUUUAAGGCCUGUGGGCACCACAGGGCGAACCAGCAUCACAGGCAGGCGAAGCAGAAGCAGCAGCUUUGGCGGCGGCAGUGGUGUGAACGGCACGGCGCCUGACAGGCUGACUCUGAGCGGGCAAGAGGCGGUGGACAGCUGCAACAGCUGGGCUGUGCUGGGAGCACGCAGGGAGAAGUGGCGCGAGGAUGGGAUGACACGAGGAGAGGGAAAGGGGGUUGAUGAGGGAAUGGAAGGGGAGGGAGGAGAGGAAGCGGAGGGUGGUGGAAAGGGAAGAGGAGGGGGGGGGAGUCCUCUGCUGAAUGGCCCGACCGUGCGACUUGUCAUCUCUGUUGAGGACACAGGCGAGGGCAUCCCGUACCCCGCGCAGCGCACCAUCUUAAAGCCCUUCAUGCAAGCAGACGCAAGCACGACGCGCACGCACGGCGGCACGGGCAUCGGGCUGUCCAUCUCGCGGCACCUCGUGGAUCUCAUGGGCGGCAAGCUCUCCUUCACCUCUCGCCCUGGCGUCGGCACCACCUUCUUCUUUGAUGUGGUUAUGCCCUCCUCGCCUCUCCACAUCCUCCAGCAGACCGAAGCGAGCUUAUCUCAAUUCUCCGCCAUUCUCCUCGACGACCGCGCCGUGAGGUUCGGCGUGAUGGAGAGCCUUCUCAACAGGCUCGGCAUCCCGGUGCUGAACACCCCCGAAGCCGUCGCCGAACCUGUGGUGCACAUUCCGAACCACAAUUCCCUCGUCACUGCUCCAGCUGCGGUGGGCGCAGGAGUCGGUAAGCGGCCGGUGAUUGUGGUGCUGGAUGAGGAGUGGCUGGGGCGGCACAACAAGGCAGUGCUUCAACAGAAGAAGAAGCAGUGCGAGGGGGAGGGGCAGCAGGGACAGGAGGGACAGGGAACAGUCCCUGAAGAGGAGGUGCAGGAAGGGCAGGAAGGGGAGAAGAAGAGGGCACGGAAGGAGGGGUCUAAAGCUCGCAAAUCCACAGGCUCUAUGCCGGAAGGGGAUAAUCCGACCAUUGCCGCCCGGCCCAAGAUCCGUGCCGCCCAGGCGGCGGCUGGUAGCCCUUCCGCCCUGCCGCCCGCUCUGCCGUCGGGCCCGUCGAUGCGCAAGGAGAGUGAUGGAGCCAGGCUGCUGUGCCAGGCGCUCAAGGGCAAGAAGAUUCUCGUGGUGGAUGACAACAUGGUGAAUCGCAAGGUGAUGGCGCGCAUGCUGCAGCGGUACGGAGUGGAGGUGGAGACGGUGGAUGGUGGUGCCAAGGCUGUUAAGGCCGUGCAGCAGGCAACAACCAGAUUUGAUUGCGUCUUCAUGGACGUGCAGGUGCGGCAGCUGUGUGCCUGGGCGGCUGUUUUUGGUCGUUACUGGACUGUGUUUGGGGGGAGGGGUUGA